CCAGGUCGCUUCUCGCAAGAGCCUGCCUCCCACGCGACUUGCAGGCUUCGGGGCCAGGCUCGAGGCGCGGGGGAGGAGGGCUCGGGAGCAGGCCGAGGGCCCCAGACUCCGCAGCCGGGCAGCACUCAAGACAGAAAGCCGGUGGCCCCUCACCUCCACCUGUGAUGCAGGAGGGAGCAUUGGCUGGUUCUCUUGUAAGCCGUGUGACAGCCAAGCCACCACUAGGCACCCAGGUCCAAACCAGGUGUGACACUCAAAUGAACCUGCUGGAUGAGGAGGGUAUCUGCAAGCUGCCAGGAAGACUCCGCAUCCAGCCCGUGCUCUGGAGCAAGGAGGACGUGCUGCACUGGCUGCGCUGGGCAGAGCAGGAGUACUCUCUGCCGCACACCCGUGAGUACGGGUUCGAGAUGAACGGCCGUGCCCUCUGCAUCCUCACCAAGGAAGACUUCCGGCUCCGCGCACCCGGUUCAGGUGACGUCCUAUAUGAGCUGCUACAAUACAUCAGGACCCAGAGGCAAGCCCUGGUAUGUGGGCCAUUUUUCAGGGGGGCCUUUGGGCAGAAGAGGCCCCCCUGGCAGGCUUCCAGCUCCCUGGAAGACUGCCGGCUGCUGUGGGAUUACGUGUAUCAGCUACUCCUCGAUGCCAGGUAUGAGCCCUACAUCAGGUGGGAAGACAAGGACGCCAAGAUCUUCCGAGUUGUGGAUCCAAACGGGCUCGCCAGACUCUGGGGAAAUCACAAGAACCGAGUGAACAUGACCUACGAGAAGAUGUCCCGUGCCCUGCGCCACUAUUAUAAGCUGAACAUCAUUAAGAAGGAACCCGGGCAGAAACUCUUGUUCAGAUUUCUAAAGACUCCGGGGAAGAUGGUCCGGGGCAAGGACAGCCACUUGGAGCGGUUGCACAGCCAGGAGAAGGACCGAACGGAGUUCAAGGACGAGAUGCCAGAAGUCUCUCCGUGAGGGGCAGGUGGACUCCAGGCACCUGGCACCGAUGGGGCAGAGAUGAAGCCUCCCAUGAAGACAGCCUCCUUCCUCCUAGGGCAACAGGGGUCCCCUGCCAGAUUUUGUACCCAUGGGAUCACAGCUGUUGUCUUGG